UUAUUGUGCUGAAACGGAUGUUCAACUGUCCAAAAACAACAGUUGCAUGCCGAAUUCCAGCACACGGGUAACACACCUAGCGUAGUUGAAAGUCCCUCGGAAAAAACGCACACCAUUUUAGAAAUGACGGCGUAUGAAUCCCAAUGGAGCAAUGUGGACAAUCUCUUCCCCGUAAGCGAGUCCUUUCCUGAAAUAUUUCUAACGGAAGAACAGGUUAAGGUUGAAACUUCAGAUUCCACAAGAGGCGUGGACUCAACAACAUCGCUAGAGGGAAUACAGAGUCGAGAUUAUCCAACAUUCCCAGCAAUCGAUGAGCAUGAAUACCCAGAACCCCUCACUCCGGAAAGUCCAACMUUUCACCAAGGACUGAACUGCCUGAUGCCAUCCAUUCCACCAGCUCACGUGAUCUCACCGUCCAGUGAUGAGAUGAGUGGCGAAUACAACUUCAUUCUUUCACUAGAGACACAGCCAAAGAAAGUGGCCAAUCCAGAUUGGAUAUAUUCACCAGUUCAAAACAAGCUCUACAUCAAGUCCCAAACUCCUUGUCCUAUGAAGUUCUCUUUAACUGGUUCACCACCACCUCAUACCUUUGUAAGGGCGAUGCCGGUAUUCAAGCUACCUGAACAUGCUAAGGACGUGGUACGAUGUUGUCCCAACCACACCCUACUAGACCAAGGCAAUAGAGAAAAUCCUGCAUCUGGACACUUCAUUCGCUCAGAUAACCCACAGGCAGAAUACCAACAAUGCAGUCACUCAGGACGCAUGUCGGUCAAAAUACCUUUUAAGACAAAUGUUGGAGCCUCGAUUCACGAAGAAGUCACAGUACACGAGCUAUUCUCAUUCAUUUGCAACAAUUCAUGUGGGGGACUGAACCGACGUGCCAUAUUGGUCGUGUUUACACUGGAGACUGGAGAGUCUCAGGAACUACUUGGAAGAUGCGCAAUUGAGGUUAGAGUGUGCGCAUGCCCAGGACGUGACUCCAAACAAGAUAACGAGGCAGUCAGUAAACCAAGCAGGAAAAAGVGGAAAAUAGCUGCAGAUGGUGUUUCAAGUUCCACACCCGUGACGUCAUUUCCGUCAACRGAAGUCAGCCCCAGUCAACCAGUGAGACCCUCGGUAGAAGAUAACACAGUAUACAAUUUAAAGGUCUGUGGAUAUGUAAAUUAUCUUAUUCUGCGAAAAAUUGCAUAUGCCUUGGAAUUCUUUGCAAAUAUGAAGUCAAGAUUUUCAUCUUUGCCAGAUGAUCCUGAGUUUCCCGAUCUUUUCGGCGAAGGAUUUAAUGACAACCAAGAGCUCGAGUGUGACAGUUGUGAAAACAAUGGACCUUAUGCAAGGCCUAUUCCACAAGCGUCCCCGGUGAUGACAAGCCAGCAGUCUUUACCAAGCUGCGCAGUCAACCGCAGUUCUGGCGAGAUCGAGACCUGGUACCARUCAAACCCACAAGACGUCGCGGGCGCAACMCAAUCAACACCAUAUAUGGGCUGCUACACUUAUAGAAGAAUCACGCUAUCCGUUGAAUAUUUUGAUAAGGAUGAUUAGCGAUGUGUCACGGCUAGGAAAUGUCACGCAAGCGACGUGUCACGCAAUAGCACCUUGCUUCUUUUGACUUUACUUAUAUCAAGAGUUCAGUUUUUUUCUGUAUAAAGAAUAUUCCAUUAUUAAACAAUAUCAUAGGGGAAGCAUUUGAUUUGAUUUGCUCAUGUAAAUCGAAAGGAUAGCUAUCCAAUGAUGCCUAACGGUCUCUAUGACCCAUUUGCUUUCUAGGACAUUCUUCUUCAACUUAACUUCAAGACGUUGUCAUAAAAAAAUCAAAAUAGAGUAAACUUUCUCCAUCGGCUUGUUGAGAUUUCGUCUAAUGGCAUUUCUCACCCAGUAUCAUGGUAGAUUGCCCCGGCCUCAUUAGUUUUGGAGCGCCCAAAUGCGAUAUUGCACGCAAGUCUACGACAUUUUAAUUACUAAGUCAUGCCUUCAGAACUGCAAAAUGCAUUGUUUCUUUCAGUUUCUUUUUCUAGUUGGAGGAUUUUCGAGAUUAAAAUACUUUUUUCAUUCAA